AUGGUGGAGCAGCGCCUGGGCAUUGCCAUGCUGCUGUUGGGCACCCUAACGCUGAGCUCGGAGCUACGCAGCGACUUGCAGGGCCUGAGGGCCGAUGUUCAGAGCGUGAGGCGCAGCGCCGCCCCUCAACAGCCUUUGCACGCUGGCGCUGAAAAUGGGGUCAAGACCGGGCUUGUGGUCAACCCGCCGCGCCUCGCUCGGGACUCGCCACGCCUUACCUCAGAUGCCGGUCUGACGAACAUCUUUGCGACAGAGGGUUCCCAGAUCCGCUCCGUGUUUCGUGCCGUCGAAGAUUGUGUCAAGUUGACCCCUGACGGCCGCGUGCUGCUGCUGGCCUGCGGUACCACCGUCAAUGAGAAUGCCUAUUUGACAGCCAAGGGACAGAUUCGCUUGGUUAAGCAGUCGGUUUGCCUCGAAGCCAACAUCCAAGAACACCGCAUCAGCACCAAGCCGUGCGAAGCCGAUUCCAAAGCACAGCAAUGGCGCCUGGAGGCCCCCGCCCCACAUCGCGCAGGGCUGCUCCGUAGCCAGGCCAACCCCAGUCUUUGCUUGUCGCCGCACAUGAAUAAUAUCCGACUAACGCCCUGUGGUAACAACUGCCAAGACUUUUGGAUGCCCGUCCCCGAUGCAGACCCUCCCUCACAGGCGCCCAUGGAGGAGCCAACUCAGAGCCUGCUGGCGCAGUACAACGCUGCGGUCCGUGCUGCUGGCGUUCGAGUCGCCUGCUUUGUCAUCACGCACCCAGGCAAUCACGACACCAAAGCUCGCAUGAUCAAUGCCACUUGGGGCCAGCGCUGCAAUGAGCUCGUCUUUGUUACUACUCAGCCGGCCCCCGGUCUCAAUGCAGCCAUCAUGCACAUUGACGAGCCGGAUGAUCGCAAGUUCUUGCGAACCAAGGGCAAAUUUGCCUACAUGCACAUGUACGAACACUACUUGGACCGCGCCGACUGGUUUGUGCGCGCUGACGAUGACACCUACAUUGUCAUGGAGAAUCUGAAGGAGUAUGUGGAGACCAUGUCCCCGGACCACCUCGUCGCACUCGGUCGCCGCUUCUUUAACAUGGGCGAUCGCAACUCACCUUUCAACGCCGGUGGCCCCGGCGUUGUCGUGAGCCGAGCUGCACUCAAGCGCCUGGGCGACCGCACUCGCGAGGGGCUGGAAUGGACGCCACCGGCUUUUGGUCAAGGUGAUGAUCUGCAAGCUGGACAAACCUUCACGGCCAUCGGUGUCGAGGUCCUGGACACACGUGGACCAGAUGGCAAGCAUCGUUUCCACCCACUGCACGUUGCUAUUGAACGUCAGGGCCGAGCCCCUAAACCCGGCUCCACGUACUGGUUUGACCAGUUUUCCAAGGACACGCAGCCCAUGGAGCGCUGCUGCGUUGAGAACUGGGUGGGUAGCCACUACACCAAGCCUCACGAAAUGCUGGCUUGGGACGCCAUGGAGACGAGCGGCUGUACAAACAACCCCGCCUACGUGCCCCAUCUUCGACUGCCGCACUCGCUAGCCAAGGCCGUGCGCAAGCACGCCUAG